AUGGCCCGGCUGGGCGCCCUGCUGGUGACCGCUGCCCUGGGCGCGCUGCUCAGCUUCGGGCUGCUGGCCGCCGCAGUGGCCAGCGACUACUGGUACACGCUGGAGGUGGCGGAUGGUCGUAACCAUAGUGGGCCCGCCCGCGCGGAGCUGCUGUCGUCGCACUCUGGGCUCUGGAGCAUCUGUGAAGGACAUAACAGCUGUAUCCCUCUUUUCGACCCCCUGACCAAUGAGAGCCUGGACAUGUCCACUUCUGUGCAGCACCUCAUCUCGCUGCACCGGGCUGUCAUGAUCGUACUGCCCCUGAGCCUGGUCCUCAUCGUGUGCGGCUGGGUGUGCGGCCUGCUCAGCUCGCUGGCCCACAGCGUCCCUCUGCUGCUCUUCACCGGCUGCUUCUUCCUGCUGGGGGGUGCGCUGACCCUGGCCGGCGUCAGCAUCUACAUCAGCUACUCGCACUUGGCCUUCGCAGAGACAGCCCGGCAAUACGGGGCCCGGCACGUGCAGGUGGUACACAUCAGCUUCGGCUGGUCCUCGGCACUGGCCUGGGGCUCUUGUGUGGCCGAGGCGCUCAGCGGGGCCCUGCUGCUGGCAGCUGCCCACACGCUGAGCCUGAGCCGGCGGCCCGGCCCCCCACUCCGUGGUCAUCUGAGUCGGAGGCCAGUGGGAGGGUGCCACACGGGUCCUCUGGCGGCAGUCCCACACCAUCACCCUGUUAGUCUCCACGGAGCAGAUGGGGGAGGCGAGAUCCUGGAGCCCUGCGGCGGGUCCAGCAACCCUGGUCAGAGGCAGCUGCGGCAGGGGGUGGGCCCACCUCUGGGACUUCCGGUGGUCCUGUAUCAGUGUCAUCUUCUCACCUGUGAGGCCCACCCCUGCCUGGUGCUUUCCUCGGCCCAUCGCUUUCCAGAGGCGAAAGGCUUCCUGGAUAAAGUCCCUGGAGGCCCCAACCAGGGCUCCCACGGGAGACCCCCGCCCUUGGGAGGAAGGGAUGGCAGGCCUGCUACCUGCUGGGUGGAGCAGUGCCUCAGUGCUGCCCCCGUGGAAUGGGGUGAGGAGAGCUCGAACAUGUGGGUGAAGCCUGAAGGGGGUGUCUGCGGUGCCAAUCCGAGGGCCGCAGACAUGGAGGUGGCACUCUGGCCCAAGGAGGAGCUGGGAGUCCCUGUGACCGAAGUGACCCAUCACCGAGACAGAUGGGAGAGGACAUGUCUUAGCACCAAGUCUGAGUGA